AUGUUGAGCGAUGGGGUGUGGGCGUGUGUGGGCGUGUGUGUGUGUGUGUGUGUGUGUGUGUGUGGUGGUCCUGGGAAAAAAAAGUGGUUUGGUGGUGAUGCAGUUGGAGGCGGGGAGAUUGGGUAUGACGCUGCCAAGAAAUAUCAGGAGAUCGUCGGAGCUUUGGAUGGAGGCUCAAGGAAGCGGACACAGCCUUGCAGGGGAAAUAUCUGGAUGGUGGAGGCGGACGCUUUUAUGUACAGCACGCACGCCCAAUCAGUACAUAUACAUUGCAAAGUCCGAUCCCAUAAGCAGCGACAGGCGCUUGAGACAUGA